AUGGCUUCCCUUUCAACAGCAUGCAGGGCAACUGCCCGAGCUGUCGCUUCUCGGUCCGCUAUCGCUCGUGGCUUUACCACCUCGACGCGAUGCCUCGCCGCCCAGAACUUCACCAUGCCGGCCCUCUCGCCCACCAUGACCGAGGGUAACAUUGCUACGUGGAAGGUCAAGGAGGGGGAGUCUUUCAGCGCCGGUGAUGUGCUGCUCGAGAUCGAGACCGACAAGGCCAGCAUGGAUGUUGAGGCCCAGGACGACGGUAUCAUGUUCAAGAUCAUGGUUGCAGAUGGCAGCAAGGCCGUGCAGGUUGGAUCGCGCAUUGGUGUUAUUGCUGAGGCUGGCGACGAUGUCAACUCUCUCGAGGUCCCCGCCGACGAGCAGGCCAAGGAGCAACCCAAGGAACAGUCUAGCGCCCAAGCUUCUAGAGAGAGCACCGCACCCUCCCAGUCGAAGCCAGCCGAGAAGGCCACAAAGCCCGCUGGUAACGACACCUACGAGCACAAGUACCCUCUGCUGCCUUCAGUUGGUCACCUCAUCAAGGAGAAGGGCCUCAGCGAGGCCGAUGUUGCUAAGAUCAAGGGUACCGGUCCCCACGGUCGAUUGGUCAAGGGCGAUAUUCUCGCUCAUCUUGGAAGCAUCAACCCCGAGACCCCUGCUGCCAACGAGCUCAACUUCAACAACCUGUUCCACCUAGACCUUAGCAACAUCAAGGUUGCUACUAAGCCCGCACCUCCUUCCAAGCCUGUCGAGGACAUCAAGGCCAAGGCUCCCAGGGCCCCCGUGGUUGAGGACCUUGAGGUUUCUAUCCCAAUCACUCUCACUAAGGUCAUUGAGGUCCAGAACCGAAUCCACGAGACCCUUGGUGUCUUCCUGCCCCUCUCUACCUUUGUUGGCCGUGCCGCUGAGGUUGCCAACGAUGACCUCCCUCCUACCAAGCGCGCCCCUACCGCCGACGAGCUCUUCGAUCAGGUCCUCGGCCUCGACAAGGUCAAGGCUGUCAAGGGAUCCCGCGGUGUCUACCUGCCUCAGAUCUCUGCCAUCUCUCCUACAUCCCUCCUUUCUCCCCGAGCCCCCGCCCGCAAGCAGACCGACAUCAUCGACAUUCUCGCCGCCCCCAGCAAGAAGUCCGCUCCCAAGCCCGCUACCGUCCGCGCCGUCCCCGGCCUGUCCAGCGGUGCCAACGUGUUCAGCCUGGUGGUCCCCAAGGCCGAGGAGGAGCGGGCACAGCUUUUCCUUGAACGCUGCAAGGUGAUUCUCGAGGAGGAGCCAGGACGCCUGGUGCUGUGA